CUUGACCACCUACCUCUCAUGUCUGUACAUAUGCCUGUGCAAAUGAUUGAUGGACUAUUCGGUCACGUCUCCUAUCACUACACUCUCUGAUUGGCCUAUUCAUGUCCCACUGUGCUAUUCACUGGCAACCAGUCUAAUCAGCUGGGAUGGGUUCCAGCUCCCUGUGACCCUGAAUGGGAUAACUGGUUUUAGGUGUCAGCAGGUAAGAGGAAGCCGCGAACCGGAAGUACUCCACACGGAGAGCACCGAUGCAUAUAAGGCAAAAGCAGAGGCGGGAGGCGCCCUCUGCAAAUUCACUCACCUUGUCAGGUCACGUCGACUAGGAGUGCUGCUGGUGACUUCUGGUGGGAAAUUCCACAUUGGAAUUAGCACCCAAAGCUAAGAAGUUGUGGAGCCUAGCAAUGGUGCAGCGUCCUCCUUCCCCAAUGGUGGGUGUCACUCUCGAACAGUCAGAGGAGCGAAAGGACAGACUGGAAGGCGCUGUGAUUGUUACGAGUCCGAAGCGAGACUCUCCUGCCAACCCGGAUGCCCUGCCGAGCCUUGAAUUCCCCACUGCAUAUUAUGGAUAUGAAACCUACAUUGAAGAGGGACUUAUCUGCCUCAAACACAAGGUUCGCAACUUGGAGAAAAAGAAGCUGAAACUGGAACAUUAUAAGAGACGCUUGGACUUGGGUGAGACUCUUAAUAAAGACCAAAAGGCUGCUGCUGAUAAAUAUGAGCAGGUGGUGCAUAACUUGGAAUUUGCCCAGGAGCUCCAUAAAACGCUGGAAAAUUUGACUCAAAACCUGCUGAGGUCACAGAAGAAGGCAGUAAAGAGGGAGCAACUGGAAAUGAUGGAAGCUGAAAGGAGACGGCUAAGCAUGGUGCUACAAGUCCAACACCUCCUUGCCAGCAUACAACAAGCCCAGGUCAAGAAAGACCUCCUAAGCGGACGCAAUCAGGCACCCUACCUAACUGCACAGCGUCUGAACAGCCUGAGCCAGCUGGCCACAUUGCUUGGAGCGCGGCAGGAUGACCGACUGAGUUUAGAGCAGAGGAUGGAGGAAGCGGCUGUGAUCUACUUUGACCUUCUGGAGGGAAACGAAAAACCAGUGGCGGGAUCAACAUUUAAAAAGCUGAAAGAGGAGCUUACCAAAUUAUUGAACUGCAAGUACUUCUCUUCUCUUCCAUCCAAAACAACUCUAGCCAUGUCGAAGUUGACGCACCCUGAAGUUUCUGAGGAGUUCAUCCACCCGUGUUUACGUCUGCCAUUGAGACUUUUCUUGCUCAAAAUGAAAAAGGAAGUUAUGAGAGCGGAUGAACCUCCUGACUGCUGGGAUAUGGAGUUCUCGGAUGAAGGCAUUUCACUUCAGGCUGCAGCCCCCAAACCCUGGAAAGGAGCUGCAACUUUAAUGCCCAAAGCCCCUGAUACCAGCAAAAGCAAAUCGGCUGAUAGUGGACAGGGAAAGGAGAGGAAAGCUAAAAGAGAGCAAAAUGCCAAGACCGAUGUUCACAAGGGUUUACCCGAAAUGAAACUCAACUCUCCAACCUUACCCAAAGACCCCAUAAUGAGGAAAAAACACUUGGAGGACCUCAUGACCAAGAUCCAUGGCUCUUUCAGUUUCAUGCAGGAUUCUCUUCUAGAUUGUGAGUCCUCUUCAGAAAACGGACUGUCCAAAUUUAAAAGGGAGCCAUCUGACUUGUCAUCUCCUCUGGCUUUAAAAAACCCAAGUGAUGCGCUGCCAAAGGAAAUGCACUCUACCCCAUUGCCGACCAGGCUUCUGGAGUCCAAAAUCAGUCUGACAAAUGGAGAUCAAUGCCUAAAAACCUAUGGGCAGGAGAUUUCCUCAAAUGAGCCUCUGCAUUUGGCUGAGCAGAAGAAAUUUUCUUCACCAUUGUUUCGUGCCCCAGAGUCUCCAAUUGCUAUACCGGUAGCUGGAUCGCAAAAAAAUUCCCCCUGUAGUGGGAUGGCACCUAACAUCUCCAUUACCACCCCUCCCAAGCAUACAUUUUCUACACCGCCCGCAAGGCAAACCGUCAACUCUGUGCAAUUUCGUGAUAUCCCAUCGGUCUUCAACGGGGGUGUCAAGGUAGAGCCCAGGUACACCAACUCCAGCACCCAAACACCACCUGAGUUUUUGCCCCCAGAAGAUGACUCCCAAACACUGGGUGGGCCAAGCAUUUUCCACACUCAUCCUAAGAACUACGGGCAUCUCCUCUGUGCUCCAAAAGACUCUGGAUCCCAAAAUGUAUGUGGGUGUGGAGGACCGCAUCAUUUCAGUGCCUGGCGUGAGUGCUCACAGGUGAGCAGCCCAGACCGUGUGGAAGAAUUCACAAUGGUGGACUCAGGACACGGGGAUUCCCUUCCCGCCUCCAUCAUAGACGUCCCGCACAGUCCUCAUGGCCACCAUCACACCUCCCUACUUCCCAUGCAACUCUACCCUCUCUCCCAGCCGCUGAAAGUUGCAUUCACGGCCUCGCGCACCGUCAACUUUGCCCCAGGCAACCUAGACCAGCCCAUUGUUUUUGAUCAGCUGCACAGCAACCUCGGAGAGAUGUUUGACACUCACAUUGGCCGCUUCACCUGUCCUAUUAACGGAAUGUAUGUUUUCAUGUUCCACAUCCUUAAGCUCGCAAUUAAUGUGCCACUUUACAUCAACCUCAUGUGCAAUGAAGAGGUCAUGGUGUCCGCGUACGCCAAUGAUGGCGCACCGGAUCAUGAGACAGCCAGCAACCACGCUAUCUUGCCCCUCUUCCAAGGAGAUCAGGUUUGGCUGAGAUUGCAUCGUGGUGCCAUUUAUGGAAGCACCUGGAAGUAUAGUACAUUUUCUGGCUUUUUGCUUUACCAGGACUGAGCUCUGUGUGGUCUCUUGAUUUUGUACCAAACUGUUGACCCAUUAGGUCAGCCAGCAUACCAGUACCUUUUUCACCCAAAAGUCUGCCGAUUUAAAGAUCAGUUGUGAGUACAUAUUUGAAAUAGGAUUUCUGAUUCAUUGACCCUAGUACACGAGUACAACAUGAUCACAAUGUCUGUAGCAGCUUACCCGUGAAGCACAAUUGGUGGACAGUCAAACUUUGUGGGCUCUGAGACUUUUGUCAGGAAAACCUGUUUUGGUGGUGGGUAUGGUGUUGAACACAAGCAGCCAGUAUGUUGAAUUAAAACCCAAACUAAAGAGGUCAAUUUGGUCUCUUAAUGUGGCGUAAUAAAACAUUAGCAGUGACA